AUGACACUUUUGCAAUUAUUUGUUAUUGUGGUGUUACUAUUCUGUGUUUGGUUCCGAUGGCAAAUGAGACAUAUGAUAAAGUUUUCCAAAUUACAUAAGAAUAAUUUAAAAUCUAUACCAAUUGUCGGACAUUCGUACAUUUUUUUGACGUGCAAAAAUAAUAGUGAUCAAUGGAAAUGUUUGGAAUCAAUCGGCCGGGAGGCAGUAAAUCAGGGAGGCGUGACGGUGAUGUGGAGUCUUCAGAAAAUGUAUUUUAUCGUAGCCGAUCCAAUCGUAGCAGAAAGUGUAAUGAAACAAUGCCUUGAAAAAGAUGACGCCAUGAAAAUAGCGCUAGCAGCUAUAGGAGAUGGUAGUAAUGUUGCUGAAGUACCCAUCUGGCGCCCUCGUCGCAAGAUUCUAUCUUCAACAUUUACUCCAAGAAAUUUGAAGACUUUUACGACUGUAUUCUCUAAACAAAGUGAGAUUAUGGUUCAAAAGCUUCACAAAGUGGCUGAAACGGGAAGUGUAUCAAUGUUCGAUUAUUUGAUUGAAUGUGCCGUGGAUAUUGUUUGUGGUAGGUUUCUUUCAGGAUUUUGGCAAUUAAUAUUACCAUUUUUACUUAGUGGUCUAGAAACUUCACUGGGUAUUAAUCCUGAUGCCCGUAUGAACUCGAACCAGAAGCUGAUAAAAGCACUUUCUGAAUGCUUCACUCUGGUAUCAGAACGCAUUAUGAAGCCGUGGCUCCAGAACGAACUUAUAUACAGUUUGACUCCACAAUACAGACGGUUCAUGGUACACAAGGAAACUAUCAGAAAUCAUAUUAGCGAGAUAAUCCGAAUUCGUCGGAAGGAGUACGAACAAAAUAUUAAAAAAGGAGACUCAGACAAAGACCGCCUCCGAACUUUCAUGGAGCUUAUGAUAGAAUCAUCAGGAGUAGAUGCGGGAUAUGAUGACAAAGAACUGCUUAGUGAGAUAGUAGUCAUCAUUACAGCAGCCACUGACACCUCUUCAGUUGGGUCAGCAUUCACCUGCGUGUUAUUAGCAAGACAUCCGGACAUUCAAGAGAAAGUUUACAAAGAGAUAAAAGAAGUAUUUAGCGAUUCCGAGCCAGUUACUUUUGAGAAACUUGCUGAACUCAAGUAUAUGAGUGCAGUCAUCAUGGAGAGUCUACGACUGUACCCACCAGCACCUAAUGUGGUGCGAAAAGUUGACAGGGAUGUCAUUCUACCAUCUGGAGAUACUUUACCAAAAGCCACAGCGAUUAUGCUGUCUAUAUUUGCUGCUAAUCGCAACCCUCGGUACUGGGGAGACGAUGCAGAGGAAUUUCGACCUGAACGGUUCAUGGGAUCUUCGCUUAAGCAUCACUCUGCCUUCCUAUCUUUUAGUAGUGGUCCUCGUAAUUGUGUUGGUUACCGCUACGGAAUGCUGUCAAUGAAGGCUGCACUAACAAAUAUACUACGUAAUUUCCGACUGUUGCCCAUCUCCGAACAGGAUUUAGGAAAACCAAUGAAUUUGGAGAGUGAUCUCAUGCUGAGGGAUACAGACGGGUUUCAAGUGAAAUUAGAACCGAGAGUGUAG